AACCGCCAUUGGCUUCAAGUUAUGUCUGUCACGUUCAGUAAAUUCCAACUUGAAUCAAACAUCUUCAAAAUGGGACAUUUGUUGGACAUUGGACUUCUUGAACACAGUGCAGAAAUUGAGCAGAUAUGCAAUGCUGCAAACAAAGAACUUGAACUUGAAGUAAAAAUGAGAGGAAUUGAAGAAGAAUGGACUGAGCAGGUUCUGAGCUUUGAGAACUACAAAAGAAGAGGACCUGUGCUGUUGGUUAAAGAAGAUUCAGAAAGACUUUUAGAACUUCUUGAAGAUGCUCAAGCAUUGUUGGCCACUAUGCUGACCUCAAAACAUAUUGGACCACUUAGAGAGGAAGCUGCAUCGUGGGCUGAAAAACUGAAAGGUGUCAGUGAAGUUCUCGAUACAUGGCUGGAAACGCAAGAUCUCUGGCAAGAAUUAGAAGCCGUGUUUUCAGACCAUGCCACUGCGAAAGAACUUCCUCAAGAAGCAAAAAGAUUUUCUAUGGUUGAUAAAAGUUAUGUGAAACUGAUGAGAAGAGCCUAUGAUACAAGGAAUAUUCUGCAAUGUUGUUAUGGGGGUGAAGUUCCAAAAGAUGUUGUUCUUCGUCAUAUGCAAGAAGAAUUGGAAAUCUGCUUCAAAAGUUUGACUCAAUAUCUUGACAAAAAACGAGCAGUGUUUCCACGAUUCCAUUUCCUCACUGACUCCGUUCUACUGGCAGUAUUGUCUCGACCUAAUGAUUUGGAAUCCGUCCGAACACAUUUGAGAUCAAUUUUUGCGAGCAUUGCUGAUAUUAAAACUGAGAAAACUGGGAGUUGGUCUGAGACUGUCAGUUCAAUGAAAUCUCUACGCAACACUCCAACACCCGAUUCGUCCCCUGUUCUUCAACAUAAUCCAGAAACUCACCGUCGAACUGAAGAUGCUCAUCACAGAGCGUCAGGAGUAAGAUUCAAAUCGAGGAUGAAAUCAUCUGACAGCUUACAUUUUUCUGCAAGUUAUGCAGAAGAACCUGCUGAUGUUUUGCAUGCAACUGCAGUGCUUGCAGCGGAUGGUGAAAUUUUGAACUUAGAUGAAGAGAUCAGUCUUUUUGAAGGAGCGGAAUUAUGGCUUCAAAACUUACAAGAUUCUGUACGGAGAUCGUUACAUUCUAAUAUCACAAAAGCAAUUGCAGAUAUUGAUGCCAAUACUCCACUAGAAGAAAUUGUGUUAAAAUACCCUAUACAAGUUGGAAAAUUGGCAUUACUAUACCUAUGGACUCGUGAAUGUGAAGCAGGAAUAGCUGAAUUGAAAUGGGAAAGAAAAGCGAUGCAGAAUGCAAGCAAAAAAUUUUCUGUGAUGAUAUCUCGCCUGCCGACAGUCAUCAAUCGCACAACAUGGAAGGGUGGAGAUGAAGCAAUGUUACCAGUGCAUCGCGCUAGAUUGGAAAAUUUAAUUCAUUACUCCGUUCAUCUACGAGAUUCAUUGGACGGGAUGGGUUCAAGAAAAAUGAGAGACAUAAGUGAUUUUGAAUGGCGGCGAAGUAUUCGUUUCUAUUCUGAAGAUGUUGAUGGAUUCCAAGAACAUAACCUUCAUAUACUCGAUAACCAGUUUCAUUACGGACUUGAAUUCUACGGCUUAUCGUCAUCUGCAAAUCUAGUGAUUGCUCCUGCGACAGAAAGAGCUUUUGUCAGCAUGUCGAUAGCACUCGCUCAAUGUCAAGGUUCUGCAGUGGUGGGCAAUGCCAGUAGUGGAAAAACAGAAACUGUUAUGGGUCUUGCAAGUUUGUUUGGAAAAUAUAUUUUCAUGAUCAAUUGUACACGAUCUACUGAUGCUACAUCACUGGGAAAAAUACUACAGGGCCUAGCUGCUGAUGGAUGCUGGGGUUGCCUUGACGACGUGCAUCUACUGUCACCUAGUGGUAUUUCUGUCAUCUUAGAAUUCAGUUACAAGAUCUUUUCAUCAAUGCAGAAGAUCAUUGAUUUCAAGAGACAAGAUUCAAGUAAUUAUGGUGACAAUGAUGCUCAAGUCAAUCUAGUCAAUCCAGGAUCAGCUAUGUUCAUCACAUACAAUCCAUCUGCUCCACAUUUCAAACCAUUACCAACUGCGAUCAGGUCUCUUUACCGGACAGUCUCUAUUAUCAAACCAGAUAUGAGUGCAAUAUUGAAAGCAAAAUGUACUGCACUCGGUUUACGAUCACCCAAAGCUCUUGCAGAUAGACUGAAAACACUUGUUGAAUUGUCACACCAACAAUUGCCGAGAUCUUCAUCUCAACAUCAUGAAGUCUCAUUGCAGUCAUUGCUUUCUGCUUUGACAUUGGCAGCACAGAAACGCAAAGCUAGGGAUGAACGUUCUGAAGCUAUAUCUCGAUCUGAUACAGUAACAGGCUCAAGAACUGAAAUUGAUCAACAAAAAAUGUCAAGAUCAAACAGUCAAACAUCAGUCAGACAACCACCGUCACCUGUAGUAGCUGUGCCGAGCCGACCUCAAGCAGCUGUUUCUGAUAAAUUGAUUGGAAAGAAGACAAAUAUGCCAAAUACAUUGACAGGACAGGCUAAAAUUGACCACGGACUUGUUGCUCAGGCUAUCAUUGAGACUAUAUCGCCAGGAUUAUCUCCAUCUGAUACCGUUGUUUUUCACUUUAUCUUGAAAGACACUUUCAGUGGAAUUCCGAUGGUGAAAGAAUUGCUUGGUGCAAUGUCCGCUACCGGAAGUCACUCAAUAACUCCGAUUCAAACACAAUUGUCUUUUGGUCCUGCUAGCUCUCGCAAAAAAGAACAGAUUUUGGAACCAGUUUUAACACAUGUUGCAAAUGAAAGGGGACUCAUUCCUGGACAAAACUGGUUAUCUAAAGCCGCUCAAUUAUACCAAACAGCAGAAGCCAGACAAGGUGUUGUUUUAGCUGGACCAGCAGGUUGUGGAAAGUCAGUCAUGCUUUCUGUACUUAUCGACGCUUUGUGUAAAUUACCCCACAAUCCUGGGGCCGGGAGAACAAUCAGCCCCGGCAUGUCGAACCAUAAGUUGCAAAAACUUCACCCUUUGACUGUGGACGAUCUUUCUUUGAUGUUCGGACAAACCAAUAACUCUCGUGAAUGGUCAGAUGGUAUUUUAACUUAUGCUUGGCGAAAGGCUAACAGGAAUCAAAGUACAACGUGGCUCUGUCUUGAUGGUCCGUUAGUAUCUUCUUGGGCUGAUCGUCUCAAUGGUGCAUUAUCUGAUCAGAAAGUCAUGCAACUGAGUAAUGGAGAUCGACUCUAUCUCACGGAUAAUAUGAGAGUUGUAUUUGAAACAACUGAUCUGAGGAAUGCAUCUCCGUCAUUGCUAUCUCGUACUGGAUUGGUCUAUCUGGAUAAAAACGUUCUUGGUUGGCGUCCUCUUGCAAAAGCUUGGCUCGAACAAAGAAACGCUGAUGAAAAACGUGUUCUAGAAAAAGCAUUCGACAAAACUUUAGACAGUGUCUGUAACUUUGUUUUCCAUGAUAAAAGGAUAAAACUUCCAGUAUGUGAAGUUGGAUUGUUGACAACAUGUCUUACAUUGCUGGGUGAAAUGCUGAAUGAGCAUCAGCAACAUAUUGGUGGUGAUCUUCACAUUGAGAGAUUGUACUUGUUUUGUCUUGUCUGGGCGUUUGGUGGACUUCUGGAAGGAAACACUGUUAAAACAUUCAGUGAUCUUCUUCGAACAUUGUCAUCUGCGUUGCCAGAUUAUGACCAUGAUAUUUCAGUAUUUGAUUAUUAUGUUGAUGAAUCAGGUGAAUGGGAUACUUGGAUGGCUAGGGUUCCUGAAGCUACUUAUACAGGAACAACCGACAUGCUUGGAGAGGUGUUUGUUGAUACUGUCGAUACGAUUCGUACUCGUUGUUUACUUGACUUUGCACAUAUGGCUCGGAAGCACACUCUAGUGGUGGGCGAAUCAGGAAUCGGGAAAACAGCUUUAGUCAAUGAUUUUUUGGAUACUCAAGACAAACAAUUCAGUAUUCUGCGACGUCUAGUGUUCAGUCGAGCUUCAACUGCUUCUCAACUUCAUAGUUUCAUGCAACAUAAUAUUCAACAUAGACAAGGAUUUGUUUAUGGCGCACGAGAUGGGAAAUUUCUAGAGGCUUUCAUUGAUGACUUGAAUCUACCGUCAUGUGAUAUAGAUGGCGUACAAAGAUGUAAUGAAUUGCUUCGUUCUCUUGUUGAUGAUCAAACUAUAUGUAAACUGAAUAAGCCAUUUGAAUGGAGAACUGUUGAAGGUUUGGAGGUUCUUGCAACAAUGUCUGUGAAUGCUGCGUCACCUGGAAAUAAUCUCGAUCCUCGUCUGCUGAGACAUUUCGCUGUUUUCCGUCUUCGAAGUGCGUCAUCAACCGAUGUACACAAUGUCAUUUUUUCAGUGCUGGAAGCAAACAUGUCUGACAAACCACUAACCCAGGAACUUCACGAAUCAAUUGCACUAGCUUGCAGUAAACUUCUUGAACAACUGAAGGAAGCUUUAAGACCAAGUCCUCUACCUGGCCGACAGCAUUAUGCAUUCUGUCUUCGUCAAAUUAUAAAAAUGUGUCAAUGUUUAAAACGAGUCGAUGAGGAGAACCGUUCAUCAGAAACAUACGUUGUCGCAUUCUGGAAACACGAAAUGCAACGACUUUUUGCUGAUCAACUAUGUCGUUCCUCUGAUCUUGCCUGGUUUGAAAGAGAAAUUGAAAACGUUACCAAAGAAUUUUUUAGUCAUGCGAUUCAAAGUUCUGGUGAAGAUGGGAAAAGUGAUGCAGAAGUUCCACCAGUCUACUUUACUACCUUUGCAGUUGAUGCUAAGGUUCACCACAGACCUCUCGCAUCAAGUACAAGAGAAACAACCAAAGUAAAACUUUAUCCAUUACCAGAAUUGAGAGCAGCAUAUGAAUAUUUACAGGCUCAUGUCAUCCAUUACAAUGAAGAUAGGCAAGUAACACAAGAUUCAAUAACUCGGCUGAUGUUGAGUGACGAUGUUUUGCUUCAUGUUAUCAGAAUGCACCGCGUUCUUUCGUAUUCUUAUGGUGGAAGUAUGACUGUGGUUGGUGCUGUCGGAUCACAUUUAUCGAAUCUAACGAAACUUGCCCUACAUGUCGCUGGAUUGCAACCUUUUAAAGUGGAUGCAUCAAGACCUGCUACGUUUUUCGACAGUCUUAGAACUGCUGUUAGAAUAGCAGGAACAGAAGGUGUACCUGUGGUUGUGGUACUGACAGCAAGAGAUUUAUACGAUCCUUCGUUUCUUGAUGCCAUAAACAGUCUUCUCAUAGCUGGUGAAUAUCCACAUCUAUUUUCGAAUGAUGAAAUUGAAGGUUUGCUCCAGGUUCUUGCACCAAUCUUAAGACGAAGCCAUCCAAAUAUGAUGUCAGAUCCGAUGAAAUUUUUUGUUUCCCGAGUCAAAUGUAAUCUUCAUAUUGUACUCAAUCUUCCACCUAAUCACAAACUAUUGAGAGAUGCAUCACAAGCUUAUCCAGGAAUUGUCUCCGAAACACAGAUUAUCUGGAUUCGAGAUUGGCCUCAGGAAGUAUUGAUUCAACAAGCUGAAUUCUUCAUUAACAAUGAAAAUGUGGCAAAAGAAGCAAGUUCAAAGACUAGAGAAUAUCUUACAAUGGCAAUUGCAAACAUUCACAGUUUGACUCUUCGUGACUGUAAACAAACAUUAUGGAGUGGUGAUACCAAUCCCACAGUUUCUGUUACUGGUACAAGUUUGCAGACGAAGAAAGACAAGGAAACCAUAAAAGUGGAGAAAUAUGAUCUGCCAAAUCUACCUUACUCAAAAACUAUAUUACUGGAAAGGAUUAACUUACUGCAUAGGGAUUUUAAAAACAGUGCAGCGAAUGAGAUUUACAUUGGUCCUUACACUUAUCGGAAAUUUAUGCAUUGUUUACACACACUUUACAAUGCCGCGAGUGAAAAGUUGAGACGAGAGACAGGUCGAUUACAACAUGCACUUGAUACUUUGGAUGAAACUCGCAAAGAUGCAAGACUAAUGCAAAAAGCAAUUGGGGUAUUGAAAAAUCAAUUCUCCUCUGCACAAAUCAGAGUGAAAGAACUUUUCACAAAAUUAACUAUUGAAGCUACAAGACUUGAAAAAUUGAAAGCUCAUCUCGGAAUCGGAAACGGACCUUUGAUUGCAUUUUUACAGCAACUACAACAAGAUGACGAGGAUGAGUUUGAUGAUGACACUUUACUACUGCAUGAAGAAAGAGAUGAAUAUGAUGAAUUGUUUGAACAAAUGAUGGAAGCCAAUCUCAAAUCAAAAAGAAUGCAAAUCGACGAGGACUUGGUAGAAGCUAGAAAAGAAUUGGAUGAAGCCAACUCAAAUUUGACAUCUGCUAAAGCUCAAGUUGAAAUGUGGAGAAAUAAAGUAGACAGAGGAUGCAUAGAACGACUCAAAAAAUUUCAGAAUCCACCUGUACUUGUUGCACAGGUUCUUGAAAUGGUUAUGGUUCUUGUGGGUGCCAAUCCUUAUUUAAGUACGAGACCCGAUCAGCAAUCACAAAUGGGUACUCGGGGUUCAGAAACAAAGACUCCUAAAAACGGACGCAGAGAACACACCACUGAACCAGUGGAAUCAAGAGUUUCAUCGGGCAGUACGCUGCGAACAGCAAGAAAAGUAAAAGCAAAAGGAAGAAGGCAGAGCACAUUUGCGGCUUCGAAUGCAAAAUCAGAAGGUUUAUCAGCAGCUGAUAGAAAUAAAUGGAAGAGCAUGCAAAAUUUUAUGAAUGAUACCGUCAGAUUUGUUGAAAUGAUCCAUGCGGUGAACUGGGAAACUGGACUUGAACCAUCUCUUCUUACUGAAGUUGAGUCUUAUUUGAAGAAAGGCAAGGAGGGUCAAGAAGGGGUCACAGGUGAAGGGUCAUUGCUUGAACAUACAACUUCCGUUCAGGGACAACAAAGGAAACCUAACAUGACUGGAAUAACAAUAUCAUCAGCAAGAUAUAGUAGCGAAGACGCAGCCGUCCUGGUUGAGUUUGUAAUCAGUAUUGUUGAGUAUACAAGAUUAUGUGGACCGCUCAAAUCAGCAACUGAUAAAGUGAACGGUUUGGAAGCUGAACUGGAACAAUUAAAACGAUCUGAAAUUGAUGAUCAAAAGCCGCAAACAAAAAGUGACCAAGACAAUGAUACUGAAUCUGAUACAGUAAGUGACGCAGCCAGUGUUUUUAAGGAAACUAACAUUGAUGGACUGACAAAGGAUGACGUGGAAAAAAUAGCAGAUUUAGUCAACGAUUUACAAGAAAAAUAUGACAAUGCGGUUGUAAGAAAACACCAUUUGAGAACUGAACUUCAAACAUCGAAAGAAAGAUUGAGAUCUGCAUUAGCAACAUUAGAAAGCCUCAAGCCUCUUGAAAAUGCAUGGAAGAAUGAAUUGGAUGAAAGCGUUACAGUUGAACAAGUUCUGACAAACUGCAUUCUUGCCGCAGCAUUUCAAACAUAUUGCGGAGGAAUGACAAUCGACGCAAGAAGACGUAUGGUGUCGUUCUAUACCCAUGUUUGCAAACAUUACGAACUUCCAUUGCCACACAAGAUGCUAUUCACCAAUUACAGAUUGCAGGAAUUCAUUUUUGAGCCUACAGAAGUUCAGUCAAUUAGGAUUAAAAAACUACCAACAGAUAACCAAUCUCUUGAAAACGCUUGUGUUCUGGCUGCGAUGGAAAGCAAUAUGACAUGGUGUUUGAUUUGCGACCCAACAACCAAAAUUGUUGAUUGGAUAAAUGGAUAUUUCUCACCGGAUAUGAGCAAAGAAAAUCAUGAUGAUGUCCCAGAAGAACCGACGCCACAUCUUGUACAAGUUUUGUACCGGGAUCUACGUUCUCAAUUUGAAACAAGUUUGAGUGAGGGACAAAUUCUUCUUGUCACAUACUGUGAUGUUGAAGCACUCGCUCGUGAUGAUAGAUUUCAUCAGCUGUUCAGAUGUAGAUCAGCUUUCCUAAAAGGAAACACACCUUUCAAAAUGAUGGUUGGUGAUCAUGAAGUUGAAUGUAAUCCAAAUUUCCGAAUGUUCCUUCACACCACGAGUUUACCACAACAUGUUCCACCAGAACUUGCUGCCUAUACUACUCUGUUGUACAACCAAACCACAAGAGAUGGAAUUAAAACUGAACUACUAGACAGAUUCAUGAGGCAUGAAAAGCCACGACUUCGAGAUGAAUGGACGAACAUGCAGAUCGAAAAGUCGAGAAAUAUGAAAGUUCUUGCAGAAUUACAAAAUCAACUGAAAGAUAUUUUGGUCGGUGGACAUAGAUUACUGAACGAUUUGAAUGUGACACACAAAUUGACUGAGAUUAAGAAAAACUAUGAUGACGCAAUGGAAAUGCAAACAAAGAUCGCAAAUGCAGAGGAAUCAAUUGAACGAGCGAAGGAAGGCUUCACUGAAAUUGCAAUUCGUGGAUCCGUUCUUUAUCAAACUGUAACGAGCAUGUCAAUUGUCAAUCCACUGUAUUAUACAAGCUGGCAGAGAUUCUUGGGAUUGUAUGAUGAAAACAUUCGUCAAUCAGAGAGAUCAUCAUUGAAAGCUGUCUGCAACCAAAUGACUUACAAUAUCUUUUCUACGAUUUCUAAAUCAUUACUGGAGAAGGAUCGACAUAUAUUUAGUCUGAUGACGGCAUUAGAAGUUGAAGAUUCUUUAGGAAAUGUCAACAUUGGCGAACGAGAAUACUUAAUUGCUCCAUCGUAUGGAGGAGCCUUGAUGUCGGCAUUAGGACAUCAUCCAUCGGAAACAAGAUCACAAGCGAAAAAGAUAUUUGAUUGGAUGAGUGAAGAACAAUUUCAUAACGUUCAGGUGUUGGGAAUGUACUAUGAUUGGUUCUACGACUCCUUUGAUCGAAUGCCGAAAGAAGGACGUGAAAUGCAAUGGAGGGUUUUAUGCGAGGCUGAUUCACCAGAACAAACCAACAAGAACAGAUUGCCUGAUAAUGCUGAUACUCAUUACACACCUCUUCAGAGAUUACUGGUGAUAAGAGGGAUUCGUUCGGAUCGUAUCGUGCAAGCUUCCACAGAAUUUGUAAUAUCUGUUCUUGGUAAAAAAUACAUAAGAGAUGAACCUCCUGAUAUUGCGACUGCUGUACGGCAAAGUGAUCCAAACACCCCUAUAAUACUAUUGUUCACAAAUGAAAACAACUCUAUACAUGACUACAUGAAAAAACAAGUUGAAUCAAACAAUGAAAUCAAAUUACAAGUGAUUGAAUUCGUGGGCGAAGGAUCAUCAGAAGAAAAGAAAGUUCGAACUGGACUUUCUAAUGCAAUGGAUAAUGGAACGUGGCUACUUUUGCACAAUGUCCAACUUAACAAGAAUCUUCUAAACACCGUUUAUUCGAUUGUAUCACAAAGUAACAACAAUGCAUCAUCACUUACGAGUCACGGAUCAAGCAGAGACGCUCAUGCAAACUUCCGAUUGUUUCUAUCUUGUUCAGCAAGAGCCAAUGCUCUUCCUGACCCAUUGCUACAUACAUCUAUAAAGCUUGUGAUUGAUCACCCCAAGGGAAUGAAAGACAAUCUGCUUCGAUUUUUCUCCACCGUUGUCGAUGCAGACAUCUUCACCGCUUCCACUCGGCCUGAAUAUCUUCCUUGUUUACACAACAUAUGUUUACUGCAUGGUGCAGUAAGUCUACGAUCAAAGUUUCCAAUCAAUGUAGGAUGGCAGGAUCCACAUGCAUUCAAGGACAUUAAUAUUGAACAACUAAAGAUGUCUCUUGAUGCAGUUCAGAGAGAAUUUACAGACAUGAUGGUUGGUGGAUCAUCAGAAGUUGCAUCAAGUACAAAUGCUAUGAUCAAGAACAUUUCAUGGUCUGGUUUGAGAUAUCAAAUCGCUGAACUCACUUAUGGCAACUAUGUUACAAAUGCAAAUGAUCAACAAAGUUUGAAUUGUCUCGUUGAUUACUGGCUUGCUUCUAACUCUGUAAAAAGGGAAUUUGAAUUACCUAAAGUGAGGUAUAGACUUCCAGCAGUCUUUUUCACUGCAAACACAAAGCAAACAUCAGUGAGUCAAGCAUUGGAAUCAUCUCCUCAUCAUUCAUUGGAUUGUCCUGAAGGCUGCAACUUACAUCCAUCACCUGAAGGUGUCGUUGGAAAUGAUCAGUAUAUUUUUACAAGACUGAACCAGAUUUAUGACGCGCAACCUGAGUCAAAGACAUUAUCGCACAAAUUAUAUCCUCAACCUCCAACCUCUCUGCUUGGGCCUCAUCAUACAAGCAUCAGUUCAAGCAGCAGUCAUCCAUGGAUAAUACACAGGGGUGUGUUUGCCACUCAUGUUCAAGCUCUACUGAAAAAUAGAAAGGAAAUUGAAUUAUGGGAAAUCUGCUACAAUGCAUUAUCAAAGAUACCAAAGACUUGGAAUCGAGAUUAUCUCGCUGAAAGAAUAAAAAAGAUUGGAGGUCAGACAACUUUCAACUUGUUUUUACAUAAAGAAAUGGAAAAAAUGAAUUACUUGCUUCUGGAAAUAAAAAGGAGUCUGACUUCAGUGAAGAAUGCUGUUGAGACUCUCGACCACAUUGGAGAUCACAUGACUCCAGCUGAUGUUGAGACGUCAGAUUAUCUUUACUAUGGUAAAAUACCUCAACGAUGGAUGGAACUCGCUGGGGAAACUGCACCUCCCGAUUCAACUUCACUCACUGCAUGGUUGAAUGAUUUAGGACAACGUUCAGCGCACUUAGAGAGAAUUUUAAUGCUCGGAAGAGACAAGGUAGCAGCAUACUGGCUCGGAGCAUUUUUCAAUCCCCAUGCAUUGAUGUCAAUUUUUAAACAAGAAGCCGUCAAGAACCAUCUAGAAAAAUACGGAAGUGUCGAUAACAUUGUUGUACAAACUGAAAUCACUCAACGAGAUAAAGACCAUCUUCGUGACCCACCUUCUGAGGGCAUUUUCAUCCAUGGUGUCUACUUAUGGGGAAGUACAUGGGAGAAAACAACUGGUGAAAUGCAAGAUUCACCACCAAAACGUGGUCCAACAGGACUUCCUGUUAUCCAUGUUACUUUUGUUAUGGAAUCAACAAAACUUGGAACAACAAAUGACCUUACCAGACCGAUUGAUUAUUACUCAUGUCCAGUUUUCGUUACAACGACAAGCAAAAGAAAAUCUGUCUUUGACCUUGACGUAUCAAGAGAUUCCAUACCUUCCUCACGAUGGGCAUUGAGAGGUCUUACAGCCACUGUUAGACAAUAUUGAAAUAAGAGUUUUGUUUUGCAGAAUAUUAUUUCACGAAUGAGCUGUAGUUUGUAUAUAUGAGCGUGACACUAUUAUAAAGUGUGUGUUCACUUUUACUUCACACAAGAACUAAAUUUCUAGCAACUCGAAAUUUUACCUUGAAUUUGUACAUAUUUCCUCACUGUCACCCUUUAAAACGCAAGCAGAUGUUCAGCUCUGCAUAUGCGAUUGUUCAGGAAAUUUUCGUUUGACAUUUUUGAAAAAGAUCAAAGUAUAACCCAAGGUUCCGCUGUAGGUCUUCGUAUAUUUUUUAUCUAUUCUUAUUUAUGUGUAUAUAAUAAUCAGAAAAUCAACUUUUUACCUUACCUUAUUAGCAGUUAGAACAAGUCAUUUCCAUUUCCAUCCAAAUGUUAACUAUGAAAUAUUUUUAAACAACAUUUUUUCAUUAGAAAUUCAUUUUACCUAGCUAUUCAUACCUGUUUUGUCCAUCCAUCACUGUUUUUAUUUUCUACAUUAGUGGCAAAUUACGCUCAUGAGAUCACCUAGAUUUUUAUUUAUUUUUGUGUCUGUUAAAAUUUGUUACCUAACAUCAUUAUCACUGUACCAUACCUGAACCAAAGAUAAAAUAAGUAUUCAUAUGUUCGGCUAUACAUGGUCACUUGAUUGACCCUGUUCCAAUUAUAAAUUGGUUUGCAACUAGCAAGAGCUAACCAUUACCUUGUAUGUUACCUAUUUUCUAUAUUCCUUGUGUCUUUGAUUUAUCACUGUUACAUUUUUAGACGGCUUCCAUUUACGAUCAUGUGUUCUUUAGUAUAAUCUCAGAUUGAUCGGCAUUUUUUAGAUUUUUUUUUGCAAAUGGCUCAUUCCAUGUAGAUUUUAUUUUUCAAAUAAAUAAAAUAUUCG